AUGAAGAACAUUGGAUCCUACAAGUUCAAAGGAGGAUCCGAUCCUAUUGAGCCCGACAAGUGGAUUACUAUGAUGGAGAAGAAUUUUGAAUCCAUGGAGUGCCCGGAGGAGUACAAGAAGAAGAUCAAUGUGUACUACUUGGAAGGUGACGCCACAGGAUGGUGGGACAGCAUAGACAGGCAGCAUGGACACACCAUCACAUCGUGGGAGUCGUUCAAGGGAGAGUUUGAGAGGAAGUAUUUUCCUCCAGAAGCAAAGCAUCGAUUGGAGCACCAGUUCAUGAACCUUGUUCAAGGAGAUAGGCCCCCGGAGCUUGGAAGUCGUUUAGCUGGAAGAAACUUUAGCAGCUUAUCGGAUCUGGUGGAAAAGGCUGUUAAUGUUGAGACUGUAUUGGAGGCUGAAAGGAAGACCUUACCACAUUCUGGUGGACACACCAAGUUUAGCCAAGGAGAAAGGCCAAAUUUCAACAAGGGUCCAAGAUCUUACAAAGGCAAAGGGCGAGGCUUUGGAGGCCAAGCCAACAAUCGUGGUAACACUGUGGUGUGUUACAUAUGUGAUCAACCGGGACACAUUUCUAAGUUAUGUCCCAACAGACAACGGAGUAACCAGCAAGGUUAUUCAUCGCUGAGGAAGGAAGAUGUUACUUGUUUCUUCUGUGGAAGGAAGCGCCACUAUGCAUCGUCAUGUCCAAACAAGCCAAUCCAUGCGACCCCUCUCGCAAUCCGAGCUCCUCCUAGCCGUCCAGCUAUUGAGCCAGCACCAAAGAAGAAAAAUCUAGGAGGUAGAGUUUAUGCCUUAGGUGUAGAAAACCCAGACAAUGCAGGACCGUCAAGCGGUCCCAUCACAGCAGGAACCAUACAUGUUGCUGGUAAACCCACACAUGUAUUGUUCGACUCGGGGGCAACACAUAGUUUUGUGACCUCUGAAGUAGCUGCCCGGUUUUGGGAUUGUUUUUUGGUUGACAGAAUAGAUGUGGCCGUCUUGACCCCCGCAGACCGAAACCUUCAAGAAAAUCAGUUUAUCAAGAAUGUUCCAUUGGUCAUUCAAGGCAAAGAGUUUGUGGCAGAUCUAUUAGUCGUGCCUUUGAAAGGGUACGAGGUAAUCCUUUGA